AUGCGUGUGUUUACUUCAACCUUUCUCUUGAGCGCCCUUAUCAGCGGGACUUUCGCCAAAGAUAACUGCAUCAACAAUGAUAUCCCCUUUCAAGCAUGUGCUCCCAUCGGUGCAUACUACCCCCCGCCCACCAUCGACAAAUCAUCAGACCUUUUCAAGAAACUCAUCUCUCAGUUUACCAAAUCCUUUGAUGACCUGAUCAAGAACGGCGGUAGUGAUAAAUAUGGUCCAAUCACACCCAACACUACGUCUUUCUCAGUGGCCAUCUUCGGUGGUGCUGAGUCUCUUCGAGAUGAUCCAGUCUUCUUUGAGUAUCACUAUACAGCUCCUGAGGAUCAGGUCUCCAAUGACAACCUGACCUCAAGCACCAAGUAUCCUAUUGGUGAUGUGAGCAUGGUAUUUACCAUUUAUACUUGGCUCGUCAAGAUGGGCGAACAGUGGGAGUCGUCUAUCACUAAAUAUCUGCCUGGACUUGCUGAAGUCAAAGGUCCGCUUACAGUGAAAUGGGAAGACAUCAGCAUUGGUGCUUUGGCAGGCCAAAUUUCAGGCCUCAGCCGAGAGUCCGGAGCAUGUGUUGUUGGCGAGGCUUGCGACUGGAAGGCUUUCCAAAAAGCUUUUGCGAAGAAGGCGCCAUACUUCCUCACGGACACAGCUCCAGUUGUCUCUUACGCCACUUUUCAGCUCUUGGUCUUUGCUAUGCAACGAGGUGAUGGCGGUGAUUGGUCUUCGAUUCUCGACAAGACCCUUCUGCAGCCUCUUAACAUGAGCUCUAGCGGAGUUUUGAGCCAUGGCGUUGAAGAUAUCUUUGCCAUGAAAAGCCUCAACACUUCAUUGAUUGGGGAACCAGGUGCCUUAUCAUUCGUUAGCUCUGCUAAAGAUCUCGCGCGUGCCGGCCACUCCAUUCUUGCCUCAGACCUCCUUUCACCUGCUGUUACCCGUCGCUGGCUUCAUUCCGGUGUGGAUACUUCCAAUCUUCGUAAUGGCGUAGGUCGACCUUGGGAAGUUUACCGUGCCGGAAACGCGAUCUCUCCUAUCAUCGAUGCUUUGACCAAGAGCGGCACUAUCGGCAAAUAUGCGAGCUACUUCGGACUCACUACCGACUUCAAUGCUGGCUUCGCUAUUCUAGCCCAUGAUAACACUGUUGAGGACCGAAAGCUUGACCUGAACGUUCAUGCCGAUAUCGUGAGUGAGGUCCUCGGUUACCUGCAAGUUAUUGCUGCCAAAGAACUCGAGGCUCGUUAUGCCGGUCUAUACAAGGGCAAGGUCUCUGAAGCGGCAUUCAACACCACUGACAACGGCCGGGGUCUUGAGGUGCAGAAGCUUGUGAUUGGCGGGGUCAAUAUCAAGAAGCAGACAGCCCAGAAGCUCGGCAUUCAGGCUGAUGAUCUCGAUUUCAGAAUCUACCCAACCAAUGUUCAGGAUAAAAGCCGACACCAGUUCAUCGCUGUCUUCCAGGACAAGAGUGCUCCUAUUGACAUGGGCACUCCUACAUGUAUUACUUGGCAGGAAAUUGGUGCUGACGUAGAGAUCAGCUUUGUUUUCAUGCUGGGUCAGGAUGGCGAGAUUGUUGGACUAGAGAUUCCUCAGUUUCACGCCAAGAUGGAGAGGGCCACAUAA